CCCGUCCCUCCCCCCCAACCUCCGGAGCUGGGAAGAGAGUCAAGAUGGCGGCGAAAUCCGAUGGCGGUGGCGUGGGGGUGGGCUUCGCCCAGCUGCACAACCUGGACGAGGCGGUGGGCAGCGGCGGCGAGGAGGACGGGGAGCCCGGGGGAGGCGGCUGCGGCGGCGGCGGCGACGGCAGCGAGCCCGGCGAGAGCAGCUCGCUGCACAUCUGCCACUGCUGCAACACCUCCUCGUGCUACUGGGGCUGCCGCUCCGCCUGCCUGCGCUCCCUCCUGGGCAAGAAGCCGCGCCGCAGCGCCGCCGCCGCCGACGGGGGGGACCAGCCGCUGCAGCCGCCCGCGGCCGCCGGUCGCCAACCCCCGACGCCCUCGGCCGAGCGGCCGCAGCCGCCGCAGGUGGAGCGGCCGUGGCUCGACUGCCUGUGGAUCGUGCUGGCGCUACUGGUCUUCUUCGGGGACGUGGGCACCGACCUGUGGCUGGCCCUCGACUACUACCGCAAGGGGGACUACGGCUACUUCGGGCUGACCCUUUCCUUCGUGCUGGUGCCGUCGCUGCUGGUGCAGAGCCUGAGCUUCCGCUGGUUCGUGCAGGACUACACGGGCGGCGGGCUGGGCGCCGUGGAGGGGCUCAGCAGCCGGGGCCCCCCCAUGAUGGGGGCCGGCUACGGCCACGGCGCGGGGCCCUCGGCCACGCCGGGGGCGCAGCGCCUCUGCCGCCUCUCCGUGUGGAUCUGGCAGUCGGUCAUCCACCUGCUGCAGAUGGGGCAGGUGUGGAGCUCUAAACGAAAGACAUGAGGCCUAAGACUGAAAUGAGGUUGUUUUGAGGUCAUCUGAUUUCUGGCUAGACGGUGUGCGAUCGCCUCGUCCUGAAACCACUGCAGACAGAAUGAUGGACCCUUUUUGAGUUGACAAGAACUUUGAAGGUCAUCUUUCUUAUUUCACGUGCUAAAAGCUAGUAGUAGAAGUACAAAGACGUUAACCACUGUUAAGUGGCUAAAACAUAGUUUCUCAAGGUUUGCAAUUUUUUUUGGUGAUGGCAUGUUCAGAAUCUUGGAUCCCUAAGUUGAAUAUGUUGGAAAUAUUUAGGAACUCUGGAAAUUGUUGUUUUUGUAUAUAUAAUGACUUACUAGGUAAAUCAAUAGAUUUAAUAAAACAUGUAGAAGAAUAGGCAUUAUAAUUUUGUAUUUCUAAGUUAGCACGCAUGUCUCAAAUUCUCAGCUGUUAGUAUCAGUGUCAUACUCUGGAGACAGCUGUCUUGUGAAGAUUCGCGGUUUCUAUGGACCGUGUAUUUUCCCAGGCAGUUUAUAAUAAUCUUCCCAUGCCAAUUUGAUCAGCUCUUUUGCCUUUCUCUCUACCUCAUGCAGUGUCGCUUCCUUAGUCAGAGGUGAUUCUCGAUCAGGAGGAGAAAGAGGAAAUAAUUGUCAGGCGACAGUCCCAAAGGUAGUAAUUACAAACCUGCAACCUGGAAAUGGCCUCGGCAUGGUCAUAGCAGGACAUGCAAAUCCUGCCCGGUGUAUCCAGAUACAGCAGUGGCAAGAUGCUGCCAGUUUCCAAAUCAGAUGCCAUCCUGUGGGGUGGAAGUGCCCAUAAGGAGGGAAAGGAGCCGCUCGGUUUCGCCUGCCUCUCUCUCCCUGUUGUUGAAUGAAUGAAUUAGGAAAGGAAAAUGGCCAUGAAACAGGCUGUGCGAAUGAAGAGGGGAAGGAGCAAGACUUGGCUCUCCAAGAAGGACUGUUUCUCUUAGAAAGGGAAGGCUGCCUGUAUUCCACGUGCCCUGUUUUAAAACUGAGGGCGACUCUGAGGUAGACCCAGAGUGUGAACUAGGGCAUUCUCAACCAAAGGGAUGGGUGGAGAGCUGGCGUUUGAUAGGAGGACCAGGCAUUCUUUGGGCGACUGGAGUACCAUGACUGGUGGUUGUCCUCUCUGGCCUGUUCCUGCUGGGAUUGAAAGAUGUAAGCAUUCUGGGAUGGGUAGUUACAUUGAGGGUCAAAUAUGAUUGCCUCCCUUUUCUUUUGACCAAAACUGGGGAAAGGUUUGAUUGUUUUUAACACCUUAUUCAGAGCAAUUGAAAAAAGAUUAAAGGGAAAGGAUGAGGAGAAGUCAAGGAACUUUAGAGCUGAGUGCUAGCUCAGUAGGGUGUUAAUUAUUUAUUCCAAGUUUUAUUAUUAUUAGAUAAUCCAGUAAUACAGAAAUUGGUAGAACAGAACUUUUGAUAACGUUUCUGUUAGAAGGCAUGUAGAACCUGAUAAACUAUGUAAGAUAGACUGUAACUGCAUCCUCCUUCCCCUUGCUUUGCUUGGUUUAAUAGGAAUUGGCUGAUAUAUAUUUAAUAAAUGGCACAAUGAAAAAUCAGAAUUUUUUAAAAAUCAAAUUACAUUUUAACCUAAAUAUGUAUUGCCUAUUUAGCUGCUUUCCCAUUACAACUGACUUUAAAAAAAAACGGUCCUUCUGUGAUACCUUUGUCAAUAGAAGUGUUUCCUCUUAGCCAAUACUAGCCACAGUAUUGACUGGGCCUAGGUAUUUGAUAUAUCCCAAAGGAAUUAGCCAGGAAAAGACUUGGUCCCUACUGGAAUGAAUAUUUUAAAGACCUUCUUAGAUUCUGAACACUGUGAGUACAAAUGAAAGAGACCCAAGAGAGGGAAAAACUUAAGAGCCUAGGAAUAAAGAUGAUGGUGGGGAUGAGGGGAGGGGUGAGCUCUUAUAUAACUAAGCUAAGAUGCUUGAAGGCAGGGAAUUAGUUUCCUGGAGAUUAUGAGAUAGUAUGGGAAAUCCCUUGAAGAGUAGGCAUUCUGAUGUUAAUUUGGGUAGUUCACACUGGCAUACUAUUAUUUUAAAGAUAGUAGCAGGUGAUACUGGAAAGUACAAGUGUGUUUCCUAGUAAUGAGUUUGAUUUCAUUUUGGUAUGUUAUGAACGGGCAUGUGGCUCAAGGAUUAGCUUAAUUCAAAAUAUCUUAAAUAUUAGAGAAAAUACCAUAAAAACGGGUCUUUUGUCCCUGUUGUAUAACUUCAGGAAAUACUGUAGAAUUCUGAACAUAGUGGAGGGUUGAUGGCAUGAAUAUAAUCAGUAUUUGAUGGUUGCCUUCUAGAAACUUCUAAAUAAAACCUAAAUUUGUUUCGUGUUGGCCUCAGUUGUACAACAGUAGCAUUUCUCGUGUGCAUGUCCCAUGGGAAGGUCUGUACCUGCUUGGCUCUCUGCAUGCCACAGCCUGGCACAUCACUGUGAGGCUUCAGAGACUGACUCAGUUACCUGAGGUUGACUAGAUACUUGGGGAGAGUCGGUACACAGCAGCACACGCAAGACAGUGAGCCUCAAACGACAGCUGUCUGUAUUCUGGACGUUUUAGACCCUGUUUGGAAGAUCAGAAGAAAGCUUUGGAUCAUUCCCACAACAAAACUACGGUUUCUGAGUGUAGAGGUUGGCUGUCAUCCAGGAAGCCCUGAUCUUAAAGACCAUCUUCACUUUACACCUGACCUUGUUCUGGCUUUGUUGUCACUCCCCAUCAGUAGUUGUCUGUCACCUUUGAAUGGAGCUCCAGAUCCUGAAGGAUACUUACCGCCUUACACACUGAACUCUUGAAGCCACAAGUCCAGAGAUUUGUGACGUCAUGGUGAAAAACCUUUCUGCAAAGCGCUGCCGCAAAGGUGCAGAUGGUAAGAACAGGGCCUGAGGCAUUAGGUGUGGGACGGCCCUCCUAGGUAGUACCUACCUCCUGCUGGCUUAGGGGCAUUUAUUUCAUAGUAAAUUGAAUAUUAAUGUUUUGUUUUUAAAAAUGAGCAUAUUUCCUCUAAAAUUUUUAAUUAUUAUAAAGAUUUUCUACCUACAUGUGACUUUUUCUCAUGUUUUAGGAUAUCACAUUCAUAGUACAAGUGAAAUGUGUACUUCAAAUGAACACAGUGACUAGAAAUGUGGGAUUCUGUUAUUUGUGACUCUGAAAUUUGUAGCACACUUUCAAGAAAAUCGUUGAGAUUCCCAGAUACUUUGUUCUUUAUUCCUUGCAGGUUUUCUUGAGUGUAUGAUUAUUUCUGAAUUUUAUUAACCUAUUUAUAACUUUAGAGAAAACUGCCUUCGGUUUAUGUUUUGACUCAGAAUACUUGGAUUUAUCUUAAGUUAGCAGUGUGUUUUGAAAAAAAUCCGUUUUCAGUAGCUCUCAUCUCCAUUUUGGAAUCUCAGACCAACUGCUCAUUACAGUGUACAUUGGGACUUUUCUGCAAAAUACAACUCCACUGAGAAGGUCAUCCUCGAAAAAUAAGAAAUCUGAAGAAAGUACUUUUGGGAUGAGUAGAAAGAUGGAGGAUCGCGUCACAGCGCAGCGCACUGAAAGCGCCUUAGGCUUCACUGCUUCUGUACGUGGAACAUAAUUUGAAUGUCUUCUGGGAACUGGACUUAUAGACAGAUAAAAUGUGUCUUGACUAAAGAAAGCACAACUCCAGCCUGUAAAACAUUGCCCCCAGGACAGCUGACUCUUGAUCGUUCACACUGGUGGAGGGAGCCUGGCCCUUUCAACCUGACUAAAGUUAGGUGUCAUGCAGUCAAAGGUGUUUCUGUGUUCCUUUUGGAAUAUAGUGUUUGGAUUUUACAAUAUGUGCCCCUCAAUUUCACCUGCCCUCACGGAAGAGCCUGAGUUCAUCUGUGCCCUGAUGCUUGGUCGCUGUCCUUUCGUUUCUGAACUCUUGACCUGAAUGUGGGGAAAGCAUUGAGUAUAAAGGAUUGCAGAAUUGAUCAGAUCUGUUAAGUCUGUCCACUUCUCCUUCCUGGGUAAUUUUAUUCCAUUUCCUUUUCAACUCUUCUAAACAGAGCCCAGUUUCCGCCCCUUUGUCUUAGGUCAGGAUAGAAUUGUAUAACCACACUGUCCAGACUGCUUCGCUCUUGUCACAUUCUGUUCCGCCUGCAACGGGAGGCUCCUGUUGCUUUACUCUGAAGGAGUCUCCUUGCGUCCUUGUAUUUCCAUCUCCCUCCCUGCAUGUUCUUGUGGGGAAGACUUAGCACUCUUGGCUAUCUAAGACCUGCCUGUAGAGUCCCUAGUGUCUUAAAGAGAGCGUCUGAGCUGCGGUGUUGGCAGGCGUCUCUGAUUGUGCUCAGUCAGGUGUGGCUGUCCGCUCUCCCUCAGUCCUCCUGAGAGCCGGGAACGAACCUCAUCGCGCCUCAGGCACAGGGCGAGCAGUCUGACUCUCCUGUAAGCUUGCUGGUUCCUGGAGCCAUGCGUUAGUGAGAAAGUUAGAAGCGAUCCAUACGUUUCCCCCAGAUGCUAGUAAAACAAAUCGGGUGCCGAGAAAACAACAUCAAUAAGCUUUGUCAAAGAAUAUGCCAGAUUUUAGGUUAACCUACACAAACCUGCAUUGACCAUCCAGCUUUGUCUUACUUUAAAAAAAAUACACAAAUUAACAUAAUGCUUAGAAGAUACUACCAAAGUACCCGGGCAUUUUCAAAAUGUGAUAGAUGGUACCUCUAAACAUUUUUUUUUACAAGCAGCUUUCAGAAACGUGAAAAUGUGUUUUGUGUAGAAGAGUAUAUACUGAAUAUAAUAUUCUGACUGUUAUUCUAAUAAAAUUAAAUUGUCUCAUUAUUUAAAGCCCAAUAGUUUGAAAUUGUUUUUGAGUAAACUUUUACAGCAUGAAACUAUUUUCACUUCUCAUAGAAUGUACAGAUAUUAGUAGAAGCUGCUCGUGUGUAUGUGUUUUCCACAUAAAAUAAAAAUACUGUAAACAGGGUCAUGUCUCCAGUAAGAGUUUCCAAACUUUUGGCUGUAAUUACCAAAUGCUUGGGAUUGGGCUGACUGGAAAUACAUCUCAAGUUUUUCUGUAUAUGUAGCAAAUUUUGUCCAAAUAAAGUAGCUUUGUCCCCUGAA